CUAGAGUAGUCUGUGGUUAUCGAAAUGAUAUUUAUAAUUAUUGGUGUAAUUUUUAUACUUUUGAUAUGGCAAUAUAAAAGUUACACGUAUUGGGGCAGAAGAAACAUCAAACAUGAUUUUCCAAUACCAAUAUUUGGUAAUCAUAUAAAAAACUUAUUUGGAUUACGAACUGAGAUCGAAAUGGGUACGGAAAUGUAUAGAAAAUAUCCAAAUGAAAGAUUAGUUGGAUAUUACAGAUGUAAAACACCAGUACUCAUAAUUCGAGAUCCAGAAUUAGUGAAACACAUUCUAGUAAAUGACUUUGUCAGUUUUUAUGGACGUGGCCUUGGAAGAGAUCAUGAAGAAAUGUUAAUGCUGAAUCUGUUUCAUUCGCAAGGUGAUCUAUGGCAACUACUGAGGCAUGCUAUUUCUCCAACAUUCACCACUGCCAAACUACGUGCUAUGUUUCCUUUAAUACAAAAAUGUACGGUAAGACUUCAGUCUGUCGCCCAGGAACUAUCCGAAAGUGGCAAAGAAAUAUCUGCGCAUGAGUUGAUGGAGCGAUAUACAAUCGAAUUCAUUGGUUCUUGUGGCUUUGGGAUUGAUAUGAACACAUUAAAUACAGAUAAAUCUCUUUUUAUUGAACUGGGAAAAAUUAUAUUUACUAAGUCCAAAUGGCAAAUGUUUUUCUUAGCUUUACGAGAAUUUUUCUCAAAAAAUAGUUUCAUAAAAAAUAUUUCCGUCGCAAGAAAUGAAAUAAUUACUACGAUUAUAGAAUUAAUGGAUAACAUUCGUAAAGAAAGAAACGAGAAAAAAAUACAAAGAAAUGAUUUUGUUGAUAUACUUUUAAAAUUAGAAAAGGAAAAAGUUAUUGAAGACGAGUCAAUAUUGAGAAAGGACGAAAAUGGUGUACCCGUUAAAAUAAAGUUAAAUUAUAAUGAAAUACAUACUGCUGCGCAAUUGUUUAUAUUUUUCGCCGGUGGUUUUGAGACAUCUGCAACAACGAUGAGUUGGACAUUGCAUCAACUUUCCUAUUAUCCAGAUGUACAACGUAAGGUUCAAGAGGAGCUUGAUAUAACUCUACAAAAAUACAAUGGAAUUUGUUAUGAUGCUAUUAUGGAACUUUCCUAUUUAAAAAUGACAAUUAAGGAGGCAAUAAGAACGUUUACGCCAGCUGGAUAUAUAUCACGUGAAUGUAUGAAAAAAUGUGUUAUACCGGGAACUGAUAUCACAAUAGACCCGGGUGUACUUAUAAACAUUCCUGCUCAAGCUAUACAUUUAGAUCCUCAAAAUUUUGACAAUCCUGAUGAAUUUAGACCUGAAAGAUUUACUCUAGAAGAAGAAAGUAAGCGUCAUAAAUAUGCGUUUCUGCCCUUCGGAGGAGGUCCUAGAAAGUGCAUUGCUAGCCGCCUGGGCCUCAUAGAGACAAUGAGUGGAUUGGCGGCUAUAUUGCAACAUUUCACCGUCUAUCCAGGACCAUCAUCAAAACGCAGUUUUAAAAUCAAACGCAAUGCUUUUAUAAUUCAAGCAGUCGAUGAAGAUAUACCUAUUUUAUUAAAGCCAAGGAAAUUUCUCUAGCUUUACAAUACUAUUUUUUUAUUUA